AUGGCGACCGCAAGGCCCGUGGUCUCCGUGUUCAACUUCGAGAACCCGACCGAGAAGACCGGCACCGUGAAGAUGCCUCACGUCCUUACCUCCCCCCUUCGCCCGGACCUCGUCCGUGACGUGCACAUGAACAUGAACAAGAACAAGCGCCAGGCCUACGCCGUCAGCGCCAAGGCCGGCUACGACACCGCCGCCGAGUCCUGGUGCACGGGCCGCGCCGUCGCCCGUAUCCCGCGUGCGCCUGGCGGUGGCACCCACCGCGCUGGCCAGGCCGCCUUCGGCAACCAGGCACGCGGUGGUGGCAUGUUCAACCCGACCCGCAUCUGGCGCCGCUGGCACCGCCGCGUGAACGUCACGAAGAAGCGCCACGCGGUGGCGGUGGCCCUGGCCGCCAGCAGCCUCCCGCCACUGGUCAUGGCCCGCGGCCAUCGCAUCAAUAAGGUGGCCGAGCUGCCCUUGGUGGUCUCCGACGGCCUUGAGUCGCUCACAAAGACCAAGGCGGCUGUCCAGGCCCUCCAGAAGCUGGGCUGCGGGGAGGAGCUGCAGAAGAUCAUGGACUCCAAGAAGAUCCGGGCCGGCAAGGGCAAGGCGCGCAACCGCCGCUACGUGCGCCGCCUGGGCCCCCUGGUGAUCUACAAGGAGGACAACGGCAUCACCAAGGCCAUGCGCAACAUCCCGGGAGUGGAGACGGCCCACGUGGACCGCCUGAACCUGCUGAGGCUCGCCCCGGGAGGCAACUUCGGCCGCUUCAUCAUCUGGACCGAGGGCGCCUUCAAGCGUCUCUCCGAGAUCUACGGCACGGCCAAGGGCGGUGCGCCCAUGAAGAAGGGCUACCACCUCCCCCGCGCAAGCAUGCAGAACGCCGACCUGGCGCGCAUCAUCAACAGCACGGAGGUCCAGUCCGUUCUCAGGCCCAAGCUUGAGCCCCCCACCAGCGCCAAGAAGGCCAACGCCCUGAAGAACAAGGCCCUCAUGGAGGAGCUGAACCCAGGAGCCACGGAGCGAAAGGCUGCAGCGCAGAAGGCCAGCCAGAAGGGUACCAGCGAGUUCGAGCAAGUGCAGAAGAGCAAGAAGGCCCGCAUUGAAGAGUCCAAGAAGUACAACAAGGACAACAAGAAGGGUGAUGACACCUUCUACAAGACCCUCAUGAAGGCCUUUGAGGCCAGGGCUGCGGCCGAUGCGGCGAAGAAGGCUGCGGCGGCAAAGGAGGCUGCCGGGGAGGACGAGGACGAGGUCUUGCAGUACGAUGACGUCUGCAAGUUGGACUUCGGUGUUCAAGUAGGCGGUCGAAUUGUCGACUGCGCCUUUACCAUCGCCUUCAAUGAGAGGUACGACCCCAUCAUCGAGGCGAGCCAGGCCGGUACCAACACCGGAGUCAAGGAAGCCGGCAUCGAUGCGCGCUUUCAAGACAUCGGGGCCGCCAUCCAGGAGACCAUCGAGUCCUACGAGAUUGAGCUCAAUGGCAAGACCUGGCCCAUCAAGCCGGUCCGGAAUCUGAACGGCCACUCGAUCGGGCCCUAUCAGAUCCACGGUGGCAAGUCGGUGCCAAUCACCAAGAACCAGGAAUCCUCCAUCAUGGAAGAGGGGGAGUUCUACGCCAUUGAGACCUUUGCCUCGAAUGGCAAAGCGUACGUGGUCGAGGAUCUGGAGUGCUCGCACUACAUGAAGAUCUUCGAUGCGCAGCAUGUGCCUCUGCGGGUCAAGAGCUCCAAGGCCCUGCUCCACGCGAUCGAGCAAAAUUUUGGAACCUUAGCAUUCUGCCGGCGCUGGUUGGAUGACCUUGGCCAGACUCGACAUCUAAUGGCCCUCAAGAACCUGGUGGACAACGACAUCGUCCAGCCCUAUCCGCCCCUUUGCGAUGCCAAGGGCUCGUACGUCACGCAAAUGGAGCACACCAUUCUGCUCCGGCCAACGUGCAAGGAGAUCGUCUCGCGAGGCGACGACUUCUGA